ACUCAACUGAACGGAACGAAACGGAACGUCAGUUGCCAGUUGCCAGUACUCGAUGUGGCGCAACGGUAGUCGUGUCGGUUUUCAGUGAUAUGCAGAAGUAACGCGCCAACUUCAUACCAUAUUGAAGUUGGUAACACCAGCGAAGACAGUGAUAAGAUAAGAUUUCGACGAGUGCCAAUAAAGAAGUGAAAGUUGUCAAUAAAUGAUUGGCGGUACAAACUGCUUUCCCAACUACAAUGGGGAGCCACACUCAUUUGCUGCCAGAACAUGAAAAUAGAGCUUAACAUCGAGCGCGGAAACGGAAAAAGCUCACAGGAGCACUACUAAAUACCACCGAAACCACCAAACUCACUUUGCAACCAAGAAAGUAUUACCCAUAUACUAAAUAAUGGACGAUUUUGAGGAUUCUACACAUUUGCGACUGCUUGUUAACAACUCAUCUUCUGUUGUUGGGACAGAUCUGUUGGACAGUGCAGCAUAUAAUGAGAUAGAGAGUAAUUGGUCAACCGCAGCGAAUUUCACACGACUUUUUGUUGCAGCCGCUACCGAAGUGACCCCCAACAUUGCCAACUACACGCUCAAGAUCCUGGAUGCUGGCCUUGCACUGGCCACUGAAGCUAGCACCAGCACAGAAGCUGCAGUGGUUGGCAGUAAUAGUCACCUUGAGGCAGCUUAUGCCAUUAUGACAAACUCACGCCUGAAUAGCUCAGCGCUCGGCCCCAUCAACAGUCUGCACGAGUUAUCGCCGUUAGCGGAGCAGGUCCCGGAGCAUGUAAUGGAUCAUGCACCACAGCUGUCACGCUCCGGCAUGCUGAAGGUUUAUGUGUUGGCGGUAAUGGCACUUUUCUCAAUGCUGGGCAACCUUCUGACCAUAUGGAAUAUAUACAAGACGCGCAUUACGCGGCGCAACUCCCGCCACACUUGGAGCGCCAUUUACUCGUUGAUGUUUCAUUUGUCCAUUGCUGACGUCCUGGUCACUGGGUUCUGCCUAAUCGGCGAGGCAGCUUGGAGCUACACGGUUCAGUGGUUGGCAAACGAACUUACUUGCAAACUUGUGAAGCUGUUUCAAAUGUUUAGCCUCUACCUAUCAACCUAUGUGCUGGUUCUCAUCGGUGUCGAUCGCUGGAUAGCUGUCAAGUAUCCCAUGAAGUCGCUCAACAUGGCCAAGCGCUGUCAUCGGCUGCUCGGCGGCACCUACAUACUCUCUCUGGUGCUCAGCCUGCCCCAGUUCUUUAUUUUCCAUGUGGCGCGAGGUCCUUUCGUCGAGGAGUUCUAUCAGUGUGUGACUCACGGCUUCUAUACGGCGGACUGGCAAGAGCAGAUGUAUGCCACCUUUACGCUCGUCUUCACAUUCUUGCUGCCCUUGUGCAUACUAUUUGGCACCUACAUGUCAACCUUUCGAACCAUCUCAAGCAGCGAAAAAAUGUUCCAAGGCUCCAAAUUGGCCAACUAUUCGACGACGAAACAGCUACCCACCCAGACCAACCGGCAGCGUCUAAUACACAAGGCGAAAAUGAAAUCCUUACGCAUCUCGGUGGUGAUCAUUAUCGCCUUCCUCAUUUGCUGGACACCCUACUACGUAAUGAUGAUUAUCUUCUUGUUCUGGAAUCCAGAUAAAAAGCUGGGCGACGAGUUGCAGGAUGCCAUCUUCUUCUUCGGCAUGUCGAACAGCCUCGUAAACCCGCUCAUCUAUGGCGCCUUUCAUCUCUGCCCCGGCAAAGGCAACAAAUCUGGAACAGGUGGUGGAAACAACAAUGCAUACAGCUUAAACAGAGGCGACUCGCAGCGCACUCCCUCAAUGCUGACGGCCGUGACCCAGGUGGAUGCAGGUGGCAGUGGGAGGCAUCUGCGCACCUUUCGGCAACAGAGCUACUACCGCAGCUCAAGCAACGGCACUGCCGGUGGACCCUUCAAGGAACAGGUGGGCCUGUUGCAGGUGGGCAAUGCCUCAGGCUGCGCUGCCACGCCUCAGAUGAUGAGGAAAAGCUCAACCGUGCGCAGCCCACAUCCUAAUCACAGCUCAGCAAUCGCUGCCAGGCAUUCGGGCUGUCUACGCGAACAGGAACAGCUGCUGCUACAGUCCACGCCAUCCACGCUCGUGCUCAACUACGACAGCCAGCGUGGAGGCGUGGGUGUGGGCGUGGCCAAUGGACACAAGCUGCUGGCGGGUGCCAGCCUCCUGACGGACAACAACGAACGGGUGUCAAGUGUGUGAGCAGAGCUAGCGGCGAUGGUGACGGUCGAGGCAGAGGUGGGUGCGACAAUGCGCGCGGUGGAGGAUGCUUGCUCCUGCUGCCGUUGCCUGAGCCAGGAGCUAGUGCGGCGCCAACAGGGACUCCUAGAGGCCACCGGUUCGCCCGCACACUAAACCAGUCUAAGCUGCUGUGAAAUGUACAGUUAAGACGCGACCACCGUGCGUGAUACACGACUCUUCCAGUGCUCGUGAGGUUGUUCAAGUUAGCGUUGCCAGCGAGGUGGAGCGAGGCGCGGCAGGACGUUGCCGAUGAUCAGAUCAUCGAGCCGUGCAACAUUUGAUUAGUUAAACUAACUGAGAAUUAAGUCUUUGAACACUGUUCGUGUGCGUAGUCGUAACUGUAGGCUUAGUUGAAAAUGGCUAGACAUUAGUGAGUGUAGGACAUAAGAGUGUGGCUGACAGCUAACUAAAGGCGAGAGAUGCGUGCCGGUCCACUUACAUAUUCAAUUAUGUAUUUAUGUGUGUGAGUGUGUGUGUCUGUCUGUAGAAAGGGGAGUCUAAAUGUAAAUUUGAUGAUAUUUUAAUCGCCAUAAAGCUCAGCUGCGCGAGAGCUCAUUUCGAAUGCGGGGAAAAAACACGUUUUAUGCGAUACCAAUUUAUGUAUAUGCAAUUUUAAUUACUUAGUAGCAUCGCUCUAUAUAUAUAAAUAUAAUAUAAUAUAAGCAGUAUCAAAUGCAGAGCAUAGGCAGAGUAGUUACUAUGUGAAGCCGGACAACGAACAGAGCAGAACACCGAACUAGCUACCGAAAUUAGCUGUAAUGUUAUAGCUACCUGGAUUAGUGCGGCAGUUGUAAUCCAAACAGGUUAAUUACAUCGACUAAGUCCCCAUAAUACUUAAGAGGCGUGUACUUAACUUUUCUAUAUAUGUUUACUUCAUUUGUGCAUACCGACAAACAUUUAUAUACACCUACAUACAUAUAUACAUGAGUGUUUGUGGCCAAAAUGGAAAGCUAUAUGUAACAGACUGAACUUGUUGGAUGCUUGACAAAUGCCAUGGGAUUUGUUUGAACUUUCAAUUAACUUAGUUUUUGACAAAAGCAUCCAUUAUUGAACAUGGUAUUACGAAGGACAAUAUAAAUGUUUGUAUGUAUGUGCAUGUGC